AUGGACAUUCCUCGCACCCUAGAACGGCCAUGGACACCGCCGGAGAUCGAGGACGAAUCCGACUCGCGACCAGACUACUUCGACAUCUACGGAACCUCGCCUCCACGAUAUCCUAUGGCGACGGAGCAGCGCUGGCUAAAAGAGGCCAACCGCGUGCCCGAACAGCCUUCUUGGAUCACAGAUAGCUUCGGCCUGAAAACUCCCACAACAGGACUGCGACCGAAACCCAGCUCACGGCUUACGGAACCAGCACCCUACACACCUACGCGACCAUAUUACGACGAUGCGUCGCAUCCGAGGACCAAGGGUGAACCGCGCUAUCCCUACACACCUGACAGCUCGCGCAUACUGCGUCGGAAUAACACUGAGCGCCCCGGCUCCCCAACGCCAUGGGACGACGAUUCAGAAGGAACUUCUUCGCCCGUGCAGAACGCGCUCUCUUCGUGUAUCGCGCACUUUGAGAACCUAAUACAAAUACACCAACCCGACGAAGAGCAGAUGGAAUACAUAGUCGGACAAUUCGAAGCCAUGACAGCCCACCUCUCCACGCCUGGCGGCGCUCACACGAACGAGACACGCGACGACAACAAAUCCCUCUCAGGAUUUUCUGACCAGGGACUCGGCAUCGCACAAGCAGAGGGUGAGAAAGACAAGCUCUAUGAAGCCCAAACGCUGCAACACGAAGCUUAUGUUUCGCAAGUAGGCAACUACAUCGCGGGUGUGCAAAAGUACAUCUACGACCUCAAGACGCGCAUGGACGAGGUCAAAACACUCAAUCGCAUUCAACUCGACGUCAUCAACGAUUUGCGCAACCAGAUGAAAAUCGUCCGGCAGAGUAUGCGCGAAGAGUUGGACAAGAGUCACCAUCAAGACGAUCUCGGCAAAUCCAUGUUUUCAAACGUUGACCCUGGGAAUGAGGCGCUACGAGAAGAUGAUGAGAAGGAGAAGAAAGAUCAUGAUACGAAGAGAGAGUUCAGUAUGAUGGAUAGUUGUAUGACUCUAGUCGAGGAAGAAGACCUGUCCCGGGAGAUUCAUGAAGAAUACUCGAAAUUACUACGCAGCACGGUUGAUACGUUGGUUGCUGAUGAUUUACCAUCAUUGCCCAAGAGGAAGGUGAUUACUAUCAUCCGUUCGCCUCCUCGACGAAGCUUUUGGGCUUCUAUGGGCGAGGCGCUGGACGCGGUUUCGAAUCUGCUGUUGGAAGAUGGAUCAUGA